AUGGUUCAUUCAUCCCGCGUCACCAUCGGAGCCCCGCCGUUCGAUCGUAGUAUUAUCGAGUUGGAGUGGUCUUUCAAACAGCAGCAACCAUUAUUUAAUCUUGAAGCCUGUGGUGAUCGACAGCAACACCAAAAGACCGAGCAAACAACAUCAGAAACAGCAAAAACCGGUGAUAUUGUACAGCAAGUAUGUGAAUCUCCGUUAAACAAACAACUUCCAGUUGUUUCUGUUUCAAUUCAAUUCAUGAAAUAUGUUAGUUUAGCAUCGUUGACAUUACAAAACGUUGUUAGUAUUCUAUUAUUACGUUAUGUUCGGACAACGCGUGGACCACGUUUUAUUAAUUCAACAGCUGUAUUAAAUUCAGAGAUACAAAAAACAAUUUUGUCGAUAUUUCUAGUUAUUUACGAGGAAAAAAAUGUAAUUGGUGGCUUGAAAUCAAUUUAUAAGAACAUUGUUAAACAACCAAAGGAUACAAUCAAAACAGGAAUACCAUCGUUAUUGUAUACACUUCAAAAUAAUUUAUUAUUUGUAGCUAUAUCAAAUUUGGAUGCAGCAACGUUUCAGGUGAGUUAUCAAUUGAAAAUAUUUACCACAGCCCUUUUUAUGGUAUUUAUGUUACGUCGUCAACUGGGUUUAAUUCAAUGGAUUGCACUUAUUUUAUUAUUCUUCGGAAUAUCUUUAGUACAAAUAGAGAAUAUGACAUCGGCAACACCCAAACCCGAUGUCAAUGCUGUAGUCGGAUUGGUAGCAGUUAUAAGUGCAUGUACAUUAAGUGGUUUGGCUGGUGUUUACUUUGAAAAAAUUUUAAAAGGCUCAGAAACUUCAGUGUGGAUUCGUAAUAUUCAAUUGGGUGUAUUUGGAAUCUUUUUUGGUCUAUUAACCAUGAUCAUCUCAGACGGUCGAGAUGUGCAAAAACUUGGCUUUCUUUUUGGUUACACUAAGAUGGUUUGGUUAGCUAUCACGGUGCAGAGUGCAGGCGGUUUGAUAGUUGCAUUAGUUGUUAAAUAUGCCGAUAAUAUUUUGAAAGGUUUUGCUACAUCGUCCGCUAUUAUUAUAUCAUGUAUUGUUUCCAUGUUAUUAUUUGAUUUUCAUUUGACGAUAUUAUUUGCAAUAGGUUCAUUGUUGGUUAUAUUCUCAAUAUUUUUAUAUUCGAAACCAGAUUUAAUGUCUCAAAUACCAAUUUUAAAUGGGCUAAUCAGAGAUAAACCGAUAACAUUUUAA